AUGGCUAGCUGUCGUUGUAUCCAGUUUAACUCGACUGGCAUUUUCCAGUCACCAGACUUCCCGAAAUAUCCAUUAUCAUCGGUAUUAGCUCCAUCAUCAGUGCUUCUUCAGCAUCCACUUUUAUGUUUGCUAUAUAAAUUUACAGCUCCGGAUGGAUACAUUAUUGAAGUAACCUUUGACUACUUUCACCUCUCACCCCGAACUGACCGGUUAUUUGAUGAUAUAUCGAAUGGACUGAUCGAUGAAAAGACCGCUCACAACGGUGAAUUCUGUGCUCGAGAGAUCGAAGUUGGGCAAACAUUCUACUCUCACACGAGAUAUCUCAUAUUUCAUGUGCAAUUAUCUGGUACCUCCAGAGGCUUUCAUGGUACCUACAAUCUUAUUCCUAAAGGACGAUUCCUUUCGAAUGCUAUUGAAAUAGAAUCAUGUCGUUUUCGUGUUGAUAGUUUAGCUGGUAAUAUAUUCUCGCCUAAUUAUCCAUACUUUUAUCCAACCACAACCAAUUGCACGUACUAUUUAGCACCUCGUCAAGGAUUUAGCUUGAUAAUUUCUUUAGAAUAUCUGAAAUUAAGACGUUAUGCUUGCCAUGAAGACUUCAUUGACAUCUAUCAAAUGCAUCCAAAGGUUCAUCUCGAAAAGCUUUGUUAUGACUCGAUGCCACCAUAUCAAAUUCAAACAAUGCAUGGAUAUAUCAUUGAAUUUCACAGUGGCAACAAUGACAUAGUAAAAAUAAGUGGAGGUUCGUUAGGAAAGAUGAUAAAACUGAUAAGAAUAUUUGAUGUUGCCAAUCAUGCAAAAGAUUUAUUGUCGGAUGGUUGA